UUGGUUGACUAUAAUGGCGGCUAACUAUAUCUUUUGGUUGAUGUAGAAGGUUCUCCAAUUAAUUGUUCCCUACGGCUUGAGGAACAUACUUUUUUAAACGCCAGAUGCUGAAUUUUAAUAACUUCAACUCGAUUAAAUCAAAGAGUUCGACGCUAUUGAAGUGGAUGAAAUGGUUGAGUUAGACAGGUUGAAAAAAUUCAUGAUAUGUACAUUCGUCGUCGCCACGGCUUCAUUUAUUGUGAUGUUUUACUACUCUGUCACUUUUUCGCGUUAUACGGCAUUGGGAGUGAAUUAUAUUACAGAAUUUAAGAGGAAAAAUCUUAGCGCCGAUAUUAAUUUACCAGACUUGAUUGCUGGCGCUUUCGAAGAGUCGUUAAACUCAACUGAAAAAACACAACCGAAGAAUUCCGCGCAAUCAACUUUGAGCUCAAACGAAGAAGAGUCCACAAAAGAGACAGGACAACAGAAUACACAAGAUUCAAAGAAGGCUAUUAGUAGUUCCAACCAAGUUACGAUAUUUCAGCCAACGGAAACGGAAAAAGCAACAAGCACGUCAACAACAAGCGUAGCUAUUUUCAUUCCAACUAAGAAAGUUGGUGGCAAUAACAAUUCUGAUCAAGAAUUAAGUUUAUGUCCCGAAAAGUCACCAACUCUAGUUGGAGCUUUAUAUGUAGACUCACAAGUUCCCAAGAUAGAAGAUGUGGAAAAGGAUAUGUCCAAGGAUUUUAAAGGCUGGGUUGACCAUGGAGGUCAUUCGAAACCAACUAAAUGUAAAGCCAGGAAGAAGUUGGCCUUAAUUAUUCCAUAUCGCAAUCGUUUUGAACAACUGAAGAUAUUUGUACGACAAAUGCACCCUAUUCUUCGACGGCAGAAUUUGGACUACAGAAUCAUGGUUAUAGAACAGGGUGGAACUACCCUUUUUAACCGUGCCAUGCUUUUUAACAUUGGCUAUAAAGAAGCUCUGAAGUUUGAUGAUUUUGAGUGCUUUAUAUUCCAUGAUGUUGACUUAAUACCUGAAGAUGACCGAAAUGAUUACAGCUGUCCCACAUCGCCCAGACACUUAUCAGUAGCCAUAGAUAAAUUUAACUAUAGAUUGCCUUAUUCAACUAUUUUUGGAGGAGCGGGCGCUUUCUCCCGAGAACACUUUGAACUUAUAAAUGGAUUUUCCAACCAGUUUUGGGGUUGGGGAGGAGAAGAUGAUGAUCUUUACAACAGGAUAGCAGCAAAGCAGCUUAAGUUGACUCGACCAUCAAUGCAAGUAGGGAGGUACAAAAUGUUAAAGAUAUUUCACACCAGUGGCAAGGCAGACCCAGAUAGGUUUGCUAAACUAAAAGACUCUGCCCAAAGAAUGGCUUCUGAUGGAAUUAAUUCUCUUUUAUAUAAGGUAGAAAAUGUAACAGAACAUCGCCUUUACACACAGGUUACUGUAGAUGUACGAGAGGCUAUGCCAAAGAAAUUACAGAAUUAACCAUAGUACAACAAUUAGUAAGUGCCAGUCAACAAUCGGAGUUUAUAAACAUCUGAAUGUAGUUUUAGAUAGACUUUUACUGUUGUUUGCUGACGUGCCAGGUAUUAGAGAACAGGGUGAGUUUGCAGAUGACCAAUAUGGCAGUCAUCUUCAAUUACAAGGAAUAGACCUUUCUAGCUUGUACAAGACAUGUCUUUUGUUUACCCAUUUCCGGUUAUGUGAUAAUACUCUAGAGAACUGUUUCUUUCAAAUUUUGUGUUAUUCAUGUGCAAAUGUACACAUAGUUUACAAAAGAUAAUGCUGGGAAUUCCAAUUAGACGUGGAAUGGCUCAACAAAACAUAGAGGUACAUGCUAAAGAGGUGCAUUGGGGGCAUUCAGGGAAAAAAAACAAAAAACAAAACAAAAAUAAAGACAGCAGAGUGACUGGAAAA